CGUGGUGGAUCUCGCGGUGACGCGGUUGUCAGGUCCCGCGAGAGGCACGAGAGCGCGCCAAUUGAGUGAAGGAGCGGUAGAUAUGGUGCUGCAGAACAGUGGGAAGCUGAGAGCGGACAGACAGCCGGUGGCCGACACCAGUUACUCUGAGGAUGGCUCCUCCCUUCCUGCACUCAAGCGCCUGGAGCGCAGUCAGUGGACAGAUGAGAUGGAUGCACGAUUUGGAUUUGACCGUCUCAAAGAUCCAGGCGAGAAGACUGGCUGGCUUAUCAACAUGCACCCAACAGAACUCCUGGAUGAAGAUAAACGAAUGAUCAGUGCUGUGGAUUAUUAUUUUAUUGAAGAAGAUGGGAGCAGAUUUAAGGUUGCUCUACCUUUUGAACCCUAUUUCUAUGUUGCCACAAAAAAGGGCUGUGAAAGAGAGGUUUCAUCAUUCUUGUCCAAAAAAUUUCAAGGCAAAAUAAGUAAAAUAUCAACCAUUCCAAAAGAGGACUUAGAUCUGCCUAACCACUUGGUUGGCUUGAAGAGACUCUAUGUUAAGCUCGCUUUUAAUACGGUUGAUGACCUGAUAAAAGUCCGAAAGGAGAUUUCCUCGGCUGUAAAGAAAAAUAAAGAACGGGAGAAAUCAAAUGAUGCCUAUACUGUUAUGUUAUCCAGUGCCUUGGCUGGGGGCAAUGUGACUGAAGAGGAAGGAACAUCAAAAAAAAUUUCUGAUCAAAUGGAAAACAUAAUUGACAUCCGAGAAUAUGAUGUCCCUUAUCAUGUUCGAGUAUCUAUUGAUUUGAAGAUUCAGGUGGCGCAUUGGUACAAUAUACGAAUUCGUGGCGGUGCCUAUCCUCCUGAGAUUAUACGUAGGGAUGACUUGGUUGAGCGACCAGAUCCUGUUGUUUUGGCAUUUGAUAUUGAGACUACAAAAUUGCCAUUAAAGUUUCCAGAUGCUGAGAAUGACCAGAUCAUGAUGAUUUCCUACAUGAUCGAUGGACAGGGCUAUUUGAUUACAAACAGGGAAAUUGUGUCUGAAGAUAUUGAGGAUUUUGAGUUUACACCAAAGCCAGAAUAUGAGGGCCCUUUUUGUGUUUUUAAUGAACCAGAUGAGGCAAGCUUAAUUCGUAGGUGGUUUGAACACCUUCAAGAAACAAAGCCUAACAUACUUGUGACAUAUAAUGGUGAUUCUUUUGAUUGGCCUUUUGUGGAGGCACGAGCUGCUGUGCAUGGUUUGAACAUGUACAAGGAGAUUGGCUUUCAGAAGGAUAGUCAGGGCGAGUUCAAAGCUAGUCAGAGCAUUCACAUGGACUGCUACAGGUGGGUGAAACGAGACAGCUACCUCCCUGUAGGUAGCCAGAACUUGAAAGCUGCAGCUAAAGCCAAACUGGGAUAUGACCCUGUGGAAUUAGAUCCUGAAGAUAUGUGUCGAAUGGCCACUGAAGAACCACAGACUUUAGCCACAUACUCAGUGUCUGAUGCUGUGGCUACCUAUUACAUGUACAUGAAGUAUGUGCACCCCUUCAUUUUUGCCUUGUGUACAAUCAUCCCUAUGGAACCUGAUGAGGUGCUCAGAAAAGGUUCUGGAACGCUUUGUGAGGCACUCCUCAUGGUGCAGGCUUUUCAUGCCAAUAUAAUCUUCCCAAACAAGCAGGAACAAGUCUUUAAUAAACUAACAAACGAUGGUCAUGUACUUGAUUCAGAGACUUACGUAGGAGGACAUGUGGAGGCUUUGGAAUCGGGAGUUUUUCGUAGUGACAUACCAUGCCGAUUUAAAAUGAACCCAGCAGCAUUUGAUUUCUUGCUGCAAAGAGUGGAGCAUACCAUGCGACAUGCCAUUGAGGAAGAGGAGAAACUUCCCAUGGACCAGGUUACUAAUUUCCAAGAAGUCUGUGAUGAGAUUAAAAAGAAACUGAACUGUUUGAAGGAAGUUCCUAACAGGAUUGAAUGUCCACUCAUUUACCACUUGGAUGUUGGGGCAAUGUACCCGAACAUCAUUCUGACCAAUCGCUUGCAGCCUUCUGCCAUUGUGGAUGAAGCUACCUGUGCAGCCUGUGAUUUCAACAAACCAGGUGCAUUCUGCCAACGCAAGAUGACCUGGACAUGGCGAGGAGAGUUUAUGCCAGCCUCUCGCAGUGAAUAUCAUCGUAUUCAACAGCAGCUUGAGUCUGAGAAGUUCCCACCUACUUUCCCAAAUGGACAACCACAAGCUUUCCAUGAAUUAUCCCGUGAAGAGCAAGCCAAGUAUGAAAAGAAACGAUUGGCAGAUUAUUGCCGCAAAGCUUACAAAAAAAUCCAUAUUACCAAAGUAGAGGAACGAGUAACUACGAUUUGCCAACGUGAAAAUUCUUUCUAUGUAGAUACAGUACGAGCUUUUCGUGAUCGACGGUAUGAAUUUAAAGGUUCACACAAGGUUUGGAAGAAAAAAUUGUCUGCUGCCAUUGAAUCUGGAGAUGCUACAGAAAUCAAGCGUUGUAAGAACAUGGAAAUUUUGUAUGAGUCUCUGCAGCUGGCUCACAAGUGUAUUCUAAACUCCUUCUAUGGCUAUGUCAUGCGUAAAGGGGCUCGUUGGUAUUCCAUGGAAAUGGCUGGGAUUGUCUGUCACACUGGAGCCAAUAUCAUCACACAGGCCAGAGAACUGAUUGAACAGAUUGGACGACCCUUAGAGCUGGAUACUGAUGGUAUUUGGUGUGUCAUUCCUAACUCUUUCCCAGAGAACUUUGUCAUCAAGUCAAACAAUCCUAAAAAACCCAAGGUUACAAUCUCUUACCCUGGUGCAAUGCUUAAUAUCCUAGUGAAGGAACGAUUCACGAAUGAGCAGUACCAGGAGUUGGUGGACCCUGCAUCAUUGACUUAUGUCACCCGCUUAGAAAACAGCAUAUUCUUUGAGGUUGAUGGUCCUUAUCUGGCUAUGAUUCUGCCAGCUUCCAAAGAGGAAGGAAAGAAGCUCAAAAAAAGAUAUGCAGUAUUUAAUGAGGAUGGCUCUCUGGCUGAACUAAAAGGCUUUGAAGUGAAGCGACGUGGGGAAUUGCAGCUCAUUAAAAUUUUUCAGUCUUCUGUCUUUGAGGCCUUUCUGAAAGGUACCACGCUGGAGGAAGUGUAUGCAUCUGUUGCUAAGGUAGCAGAUUACUGGUUGGACGUAUUAUACAGCAAGGCAGCUAAUAUGCCUGACUCCGAGCUAUUUGAAUUGAUCUCUGAGAAUAGAUCAAUGUCACGUAAAUUAGAGGAUUAUGGAGAACAGAAGUCUACCUCAAUAAGUACUGCCAAAAGGCUUGCUGAAUUUCUUGGGGAUCAAAUGGUGAAGGAUGCAGGGCUGAGUUGCCGUUUUGUCAUCUCCAAGAAACCCGAGGGUGCCCCAGUCACUGAAAGAGCAAUUCCACUGGCCAUUUUCCAGGCGGAACCAAGUGUUAAAAAGUACUAUCUGAAGAAGUGGUUGAAGAAUCCCUCAUUACAGGACCUGGAUAUUCGAUUAAUUCUGGACUGGGAUUAUUACAUUGAGCGACUUGGCAGUGCCAUCCAGAAGAUUAUCACUAUCCCAGCAGCCCUUCAGCAGGUAAAGAAUCCAGUCCCACGAGUCCGACACCCUGACUGGCUUCACAAGAAACUUUUGGAAAAGAAUGAUGUUUACAAACAAAAAAAAAUUAGUGAACUAUUCACUAACACUGGAGUCAGGCAGGUGACAUGUAACCAGCAUCUGGUGAAAGACCAACAAUCGCAAAUUAGUGAUUUAGAAGAUUUUGGUGUUCCCAAGCGCAGAGCACAGCCAGUUAUCCCGAUCAGUACAAAGCGAAGGCGUGGUAUGAAUGAUGAGAGCCAGGAACAAUCUCAAGACCUAGAAUUAACCCAAUCUUGGAGAGAGAUACUGGGUCCUCCACCACCAUUGGGAAAGACAAAGGAUGAACGGUUAGUGUGGCUGAGAUACCAGAAGAGGAAGUGGGAGCUUCAGUCAAAGCAAAGAAAGGCACGUAGAAAGAGAAGAAAGCUUGAUGAUGGUGCAGAUGCGCCAGGUAGACCUAUUCGAGAUGGUCCCACAACCAGUCUUAGCAGCUUUUUGCGUCGAACUGCCCGUACCAUCCUUGACAUGCCAUGGCAAAUUGUACAGAUUGCAGAAACAAGUCAGCCUGGCAUCUUCAAACUGUGGGCUGUUGUUGGACACGAUUUGCAUUGCAUUAAACUCAACGUUCCUCGAGUAUUCUAUGUCAAUCAGCGCAUCCCUAAAGCAGAUGAUAGCGCUGUUUACAAGAAAGUCAACCGCAUUCUUCCUCGUUCCAAUAUUGUUUACAACCUAUAUGAAUAUUCUGUACCAGAAGACAUGUAUCAGGAGCACAUCAAUGAAAUUAAUGCUGACCUCUCUGCUCCAGACAUUGAGGGAGUCUAUGAAACACAGAUUCCCCUGCUCUUUCGUGCCCUCAUCCAGCUUGGAUGCAUCUGCAUGGUGAAUAGGCAAUUAUCACCUCACCUUGGAGGACGAGAAGUGGACACCUUUGAGUUGGAACAACUGGAAAUGCGUUCAUUAGCACAAUUUAAUUAUCUGGAACCAGGUAGCAUUCGACAUAUUUACUUCUACCACAAUGCCCAAGGGAGUAAGGCUUUAUUUGGCUUGUUCAUCCCCUCUCAAAGGAAGGCUUCUGUAUUUGUUCUUGACACUGUGCGCAGUAAUCAAAUGCCGAAUUUGAAUAAUCUAUAUGCAUCUGAACGCACUGCUAUGCUGGAGAAAUUAGAUGAAGAACUGCUGCCACCUGAUAAGCACACAUUUGAAGUUCAGGCAGAAAAAGACCCAAAGUUAAUCUACAGAGCGAUUCAGCGUCUUUUGCUGAGCUAUAAGGAUGAGAAAAGAGGACCAACUCUCAUUGCAGUGCAAUCAAAGUGGCAGCUAAAGAGGCUGACAAAUGGGAUGUCAGUUUUGGAUGAGUUUCCAUUGGUGCCUGUUCAUGUAAAUGAUGAUAUUAGUUAUGGUGUACUGGAUUGGCAGCGCCAUGGUGUCCGCAGAAUGAUCAGACACUACCUCAACUUGGAUAGUAUUUUGUCCAAGGCUUUUGAGAUGGCCAGGUAUUAUCAUAUUCCUAUUGGAAAUCUUCCAGAUGACAUCUCAACCUUUGGAUCAGACCUCUUCUUUUCCAGACAUCUUAGACGACAUAACCAUCUGUUGUGGCUUUCUCCAACAUCACGACCUGAUCUGGGAGGAAAGGAAGCAGACGAUAAUCGCCUGGUUAUGGAAUUUGAUGAAAAGUCAACAGUUGAGAUCAAUAAUCCAGGGUGUUACUCCACAGUUUCUGUGGAGCUGGAUAUUCAGAGCUUGGCUGUGAAUACCAUCCUUCAGUCCCAUCACAUUAAUGAUAUGGAGGGGGCAUCCAGUAUUGGUAUCAGCUUCGAUGUAAUCCAGCAAGCUUCCCUCGAAGACAUGAUGGCUGGUAAUCAGGCAGCUAAUGCACUUGCCAGCUAUGAUGAGGCAGCUUUAUGCUCCAACACUUUCAGAAUUUUGAAAAGCAUGGUUGUUGGCUGGGUGAAGGAGAUCACUCAAUAUCAAAAUGUUUAUGCUGAUAACCAAGUGAUGCACUUUUAUCGUUGGCUGCGAUCACCUUCUUCACUGCUAUAUGAUCCUGCAUUACACCGUAUUCUCCAUAACAUGAUGAAGAAGCUGUUUCUUCAGCUGGUAGCAGAAUUUAAAAGGUUGGGUUCAUCUGUCAUCUAUGCUAACUUCAACCGGCUACUGCUAUGUACCAAGAAGCGCCGAAUUGAGGAUUCUAUGGGAUACGUGGAAUACAUCACAAAGAGCAUUCAUUCCCGUGAGAUUUUCCACUCCCUCUCCAUCUCGUUUUCUCGCUGCUGGGAAUUUCUGCUUUGGAUGGACCCAGCUAAUUACGCUGGCAUCAAGGGUAAACUUUCCUCCAGUAUUCUCAUUGGAGAGGUGGAGAGCAAUAAAGGAACAAAGGAAAAUGUUGAAGAUGACAGCAAUGAUGAUGAAGAGAUUCAUUCUGAAGAUGAGGAAACUGGCACUGAUGUUGAAGACCUUUUAGACAAUAACUGGAAUAUCAUGCAUUAUCUGCCACAAGCAUCAUCUUGUCAGAGCUACUUCCUCAUGAUUGUCUCAGCUUAUAUUGUAGCUGUGUACCACAGCAUGAAGGAAGAACUAAGACGCAGUGCUCCAGGGUGUACUCCUAUAAAACGCCGAGGCACAAGCCAAAUCUCACAAGAGCCCGCAGGCGACACAGGAGCUUCUGCAGGAAUGAUUACCUUCUCUCAGGAGUAUGUGUCUAAUGAGCUCACACACAACUUUUUCACCAUCACUCAAAAAAUUCUGAAGAAAGUGAGCAGCAAUAGACACUCCACUGAGCCCUCCGAAAUGUUCCCAGUUCUGCCAGGCUCCUAUCUUCCAUUCAACAACCCUGCACUGGAAUUCAUCAAAUCAGUCUGUAAGAUCUUAUCUCUGGAUUCGAAUAUAACCAACCAGGUUAAUAAGUUGAAACGUGAUCUUUUACGUCUAAUUGAUGUAGGGGAAUUCUCUGAGGAAGCUCAAUUUAAAGACCCCUGCCAGUCCUACAUACUAGCUGAGGUUAUCUGCAAGAAUUGCAACUUCUGCCAUGACCUGGACCUUUGCAAAGAUCCUUCCAUCUUGCAGGAUGGCGCUGUACUACCCAAGUGGUGCUGCACUAAUUGCCAGACUGAUUAUGACUCAGAUUCUAUAGAAAUAGAAUUGGUAGAAGCACUGAAGAAGAAAAUGAUGGCCUAUACCCUUCAGGAUCUGGUUUGUUCAAAAUGUAAAGGCAUCAAAGAAGCCAACAUGCCUGUUUAUUGUACUUGCGCCCGGGACUUUGAUUUGACCAUUUCCAUAAAGGGAUUUACGGAACAAAUCCAAGUAUUUAGAAAUAUUGCCAGACACUACAGUAUGCCAUUCUUGUUGGAGACUGUUGAUUGGAUGUUUAGGAUGAAUACACACCUAAGGCCAUGAAGACAAAAGAACUAACAAGAUGGACAAAUAUCAACGAAGUUAUGGACAUCACUCUUUCUAGGUGCACUUGGAGUUAACCAUUUCUACGCUUAAGUACUUGAUUAAAUCUGUUUCGCUAAUUCCAGCAGAUACUACAUAAUUUGAGCAUUCUUCUAGUGUGAUGGAUCAUAUGGUCUUUACAGCAGCAAGCUAGUUUUUGAGGGUACAGUGCAAGCAGAGCAAUUUCUGCCUAGUGACAAAAUUACAUUCUCUAAGGAACUGUUGAAUAAUAAAACAGAUUUCUUGAAAGAAUGAACAUCAACCAACCUAAGUGCAUCCUGACUAAUUCAAGUGUAGAUUCUGGUAAAUUAACGAAGUGUCUUUGUUAAAUAACAUCUACUUCAGGCCACUGCUUCCAAACUAUUACAUCCAGAAUCACCUGGUAGGUGAUUUCAAUGCCAUAAUAUAUAUUCCAAAUGAUUUACAUCUAAUAAGCUGUUACAAUUAAGCUCAAACAAUUUAGAAACUUACUUGAAUCUUGGAACUAUGUUCUGGCCUUAAAUUCUGUUCCUGGUAUGUUUUCAAAUCUGUGCAGUAUGUGAUACUUAAGGAGGCAUUUUCCCUGUGUUGGAAUAUUGUAUUUCUGAACAUUGGAGGAAAUUUGUUUUAAACAACAUCUGAGUAUUACAUGCUUUAAUCUUUAUGCAAUGUGAUAAAUCAAAAGAAAACCAUUAAGUUGAUAUAGAACUAGUCAUCAAGUAAAUACCAAAACUUGGCAGCAUUAUUCUGGUAUUCUAAUUGGUGAUUGUUGUGAUUUAUGUUUUUAUAAAGCUAUGUAAUGCAUAAUUCAACCUGUGAAAGCAUAUUCACAAAUGUAUUUUACACCACAAAACCAUGAAUUUAUUCCCUUUUUUGUAGAAUUCAAACAAGUGAAUAAAAUAGAAUAAAUUAGUAAGCAAUAGGUUAGAAUGCGCUAAUUGAACGAGGCAAUGAGUACUAUGUCAGCAUAGACUUUUAUCUGACUUUUAUCAGUGUGUUGUAUUUCUCUACUAUUUAUGCAUCACACUUAUUUAAUUAGACAAAUUAGAAACUGGUACUUAUAUCUGAAUGGCUAGUUGCAAACUUUGUAACAAUUAAUCUUAAAUAUGUUCUAAUCUACGAUUUAUUUAAAGUCAAAAAUUUUAAUCAGUUAUAAGAAGUUAAAGCCAUCCACUUAAACCUUGCACAACAUGACUUGGAAAAUCACCUUAAACACAAGCUUAAAAUGAUAAAGCAACAGUUUUUGUUUUGAGUGAUCUAACUGCAAUUAACAAUAAUACAGGUUAGUAUUAAUAGACCAAUGUUUCUGGGCCUUCACCUAAUCAACUUAGAAGAAAGACUAGGAAAGUGGAAAAGGAGUUUCCUAUAUGGCAGUACCCCAAUCUUUUUAUUGUUUUAAACAGAAUUUUGGUUCCUUUGUUGGUCCACCAUCUUAAAAUAUGAUUGUUGGGAUCAUUGUGCUGUCAUUUAGAAGUGCCCAUUAGUUAGGCGAACAAAUAAUCCCUGUCUUGUGGCAUAAUUUCCUGUUUUGAUUAGCUUAGCGUUUCAACCUGAAUAGCAUUUCAUUUAUAAAUGAACCAAUUAUAUUACUGUCUUUUUAACCUGUAUUUUUGUUUCAAUUCCACCAAUUUCCAGAUAUUCAGGUAUAUUUUACUUGGUAUGAUUGUUUAGAAAAUUGCAACAAAGGGGUUUGAAGGAAAAAGUAUUCCUAUCCGUACUGGGUCAUAUUCAUGACUUUAAUUCUUCAAGUGUGAGCACUGUUUUCAAACUCUUUUUGUUUGAAUAUUUGGUAUUCUGAAAUCUCUGCAGAGAGCUAUUUGGUUAUGCAGCCAGCUUUUUUUAUUCAACAUUAACUGCAGCAUAUUUCGCAGUAAUCGAUGAACAGCAAAUUAACCUUUUUACUUCAAUGACAAUUUUCUAUUGAAACUGUUAGAUUUUUUUUACAAUGUUUUUACAGUGCAAUACAAAUAAAACAUUCAGUUUUGUGAAUCUUGGACACCCUCACUUGCUUUCAGGUUUAAUAUUUUUAACUUGUCUACCAAUCAGCAUUGGUAUGUAACAGUGAUAUAGUGAUUCCUUGGCAUUUAACUAGUAUUUACAGUGCAGGAACAGGCUGUUGAACCCAAAUGGUCUUUGCUGGUGUUUCUGCUGCAUGUGAACCUUUUUCUAACACAUCAAUAUAUUCCUAUAUUCAUUUUUCAUUCAUUUCUAGUUUCCCCCUUAGAUACAUUUAUGCUAUCAGACUCAAUCAUUAUGAUAUCAAGUUCCACUAUCUAACCUCUCCAAAGAUAAACUUUCCAGGUUUCUCUUGAAUUCCGUAUUGGAUUUAUCAGUGACUACGUUUAUUAGAUUAGAUUACUUAGUGUGGAAACAGGCCCUUCGGCCCAACAAGUCCACACCGCCCCGCCGAAGU